AUGGAUCAUAUAUCGCCAACACAGCUGGAGAAGGUGUUUAACAAAAUUCCUAAGGCUUUAAGCUCUAGCGGACUGGCCAACUAUUGUAGCCUAUGGAUUUCUAAGGUUCCUCCUAGUUAUGUGUUAGUAACUAUUGCUACUACUCUCGUUAUAUUGGGAUCGCUAGCAUCCAUAACAUCUAUUCCUCAUAAUUCUCUAUCACCAACUGAGAAGGAUCCCCUAUUUGAUCCUUCUGAUUUGGAACUAGAGAAGGAGGAACCGGAUUUACGUCUUGAUGAGCAAGAUGCCAUUAUUAUCCCAGUCUGCUGUGGUUUUACGUUGGUGGCACUUUACUACUCUGAUGUAUUGACAAAAUUGCUCAGAUACAGCUUUGUUCUUCUGAAUGUGACUGCUGGUACGUUUGUCUAUUCAUUUCUAUUGAAUACUUUGAUAAGAUUAUUUGGUAAAUGGACUGGUAUCAAUCCAUUGAGGUUGAACCCUCGUUACAGAUUAACGCUAUCAGACAACAAUUCUUCUCCACAUCCAGUUUCUUUAUUCUUGCCUAAUUUGACCUACAGAGAUCCAUUGACCGAUAAAUCAUGGACAGUUGAAGGUGCUGAAGAACCAACAACUGUACAGUCUUCUACACAACUCAUUAAUACUUAUAUCAGGUUGGAUGUGAUUCCAUCGCUGAUUCUUUCAAUAGCACUUUCCCAAUGGUCACCUUUGCAACCCAUAGUCCCCAUGAACUGUGCCAUUUACGCAAUUACCCAAAUCCAAUUUAAAAAUUUGAAGACUGCAACUUUAAUAUUAAGCGCCUUGUUGGUUUAUGACGUCUAUUUUGUCUUCUAUACGCCUUUCAUGAUUAAUGCUAGUCAGAUCGACUUACCCAUCAAAAUUCAAUUACCUACAGGUCUAAUGGGACUUGGCGAUAUCGUAUUACCGGGGAUAUUUAUCUCUUUAUGUUACAAGUUCGACAUUUACAGAUGGCAUCUUCGUAAUCCCAAUACUGAGUUUCAUUUGAAUAGACAUUAUUGGGGUACUUAUGCAUCAACAGCGCUAUUGAGUUACAUUUUGGCACUACUGGGUUGCUUCGUCGCUCUCGAUCGUUACCAGGUGGCCCAACCUGCUUUACUGUACGUGGUACCUUCACAACUCAUUUCAAUCCUCAGCUUAGCAUGGUGGAAAGAUGGAUUUGAAAUGUGGCAUUUCCACUACGAAGAGGUGAUUAAAACCAAGAAAGAUCAAGGUCCGCUAACGGAAACAGCUAAACUUCUGCAGGUAGAAGAAGAGUAUGUCGAAGAAGAGGAUUCGGAUUACGUUCCUCUGAGUGAAGAAGAAGAUGAUGACGAUGAUAAUGAUGAUGACAACAUUAACGAUGAUCAAUUGGAGGAUGAAGAAGAUUGA